AUGGCUCCAGUCACAGUCGGUAUUGCAGGCUUCACCGGGAGGGUUGCGACCUUGUUGGCCUCCUCUCUCCUCGAACAGGACCCAAAUGUCCAUAUCAAGGGUCUUGCCCGGGUUCCAGACAACGUCGCAAAAUCCAUCUCAUCCAAGAGCAACGUCCAAGUGUUCCAAGGAGGUGCCUUUGAUCCCGACCAGAUUCGUUCCUUCGUCCGUGGAUGCGACGUUGUGGUAUGCUGCUACUCGCACGAUGACCGUAUCAUGGUCGACGGCCAGAAACUCCUCAUUGACCUCGCAGAAGAGGAAGGCGUACCUCGUUAUGUCGCAUCAGACUGGUGCCUCGACUAUACCAAGCUUGAAAUGGGUGAACUGUUUGCUAAAGAGGCGUCUCAGCGCAUCAAAGUCUAUCUAGAUUCCAGGAAUUCCAUCAAGGGUGUGCACAUGCUCAUUGGGGGAUUCGCAGAGGUCAUCUUCGCCGCAUUUUUCAGAAUCUGGGACUGGCAAACUUCCACGUUGCGAUACUGGGGUACAGGAGACGAGAUAUGGGAAUGUACCACUUACCGUGACUCGGCACAGUAUACUGCCGCAGUAUGCUUGGACCGCAAUGCGGUAGGGGUCUUCCGAUUCGUGGGAGACGUGAUCAGCACCAAGGCUAUCGCAGCUGCACUCGAGAAAGUGUACGGCGUCAAACCAAAGCUUGAGUAUCAAGGUUCCAUCGACGAACUGCGUUCCACAAUGAUUACCGAGAAAGAAAAACAUGGCGACGACUAUUGGAACUAUGUCUUUCACUGGUACCAUUACUUUACACUCAGCGGCAAAGCCCUAAUGGGACCAAAAUAUGACAACGACGAGUACCCACAGGUCAAGCCAGUCAAGGUCGACGAAUUUUUGAAGACGGUGCCACUCGAGCAGCUAAAUGGAGUGUAUAUGGCUAUGGACGACAAGAUCAAGAAAAGCUGA